AUGAAAGCAAAAAGUGAUUUAUUAAAGUCUGCCAAAGAUCCUAUAUCUGAGUGGCUAGAUAAGAAACUUGGGGCAACUGUUAAAGAUAAUGCAAUUUUCACUUCAUUACCAAGGUAUUGGGAAAAUGAGUUUCAUAAAGACAUGAAAGCGCUCAAUGUUUUGCCGCCUGAUGUACUCACAAGAGUGAGCGAGUACAUACCACAGAUUAUAUCUUUUAUACAAAAGAUUAUAGAGAAUGGCAUAGCAUAUGAAUCAAAUGGUUCUGUUUAUUUCAGUGUGAGUGAAUUUGACAGUAAAGACAAACACCACUAUGCUCGUCUAGUUCCCGAAGCCUAUGGAGAUACAAAAUCUUUACAAGAAGGCGAAGGUGAUCUCACUGAAGAUACGGCUGAGAAACGUUCUCCGAACGACUUUGCCCUGUGGAAGCGUAGUAAGGCGGGUGAGCCGUCAUGGGAGUCCCCAUGGGGUGCUGGGAGGCCGGGCUGGCACAUAGAGUGCUCUGCAAUGGCCUCAGACAUUUGUGGGUCAAAGCUGGACAUACACACAGGUGGCGUCGAUCUGAAAUUCCCGCACCACGAUAACGAAUUGGCUCAGAGUGAGGCAUACUUCAAUGAAGCUGGAUGGGUUAACUAUUUCCUGCACACGGGUCAUCUUACUAUAGCCGGUUGCAAGAUGUCGAAGUCUCUGAAGAAUUUCAUCACUAUCUCCGACGCCCUGAAGAGACACACCGCACGCCAGCUUCGCCUGGCGUUCCUUUUGCACGGCUGGAAGGAGACCUUGGACUAUUCAGAUAACACAAUGGAGAUGGCCAUGCAGAUCGAGAAGUUGUUCAAUGAAUUCUUCUUAACAGUGAAAGACGCCUUAAGGUGUGGCUACGAGGAGGGCUGCGGCGGCUCAUGGGGCCCCGAGGAGCAACAGCUGGCUGCAAAGCUGAGCUCUGUUAAGGAGCAGGUUCACGCUGCGUUGUGCGACAACAUCGACACCCGCAGCGCGCUCGACUGCUUGCGGGAGCUAGUGGCCGCCUCGCACGUGUACCUCCGCCAGACCCCGCCGAGGAGCUCGCCGCUCCUGGCCGAGGCGGCCCGCUACGUCACCGACGUGCUGCACAUCUUCGGCGCGGUGGAGGGGCCCCGCGGCGGCAUCGGCUUCCCCGUCGGCGACGCAGGCGGCCUCGAUCUGGAGGAGGCGGUGAUGCCGUACUUGGAGGCGCUGGGCGCGUUCCGGGCGCGGGUGCGCGAGGGGGCGAGGGCGGAGGGGGCGCGGGGCGUGCUCGCGCUCUGCGACCAGCUGCGCGACCACGUGCUGCCCGCGCUCGGCGUCCGAAUGGAGGACAGGGCCGAUCGCACCGUUCUGAAACUGGUCAGUAAAGAAGAAUUAAUGAGAGAAAGGGAAGAAAAGCAGAGAGUGGAGGCUGAGAAACAAAAGAAGAAGCAGGAGUUACUAGAAGCUCAACGUGCUAAGGAGGAACAGAAGAAAAUACCUCCCACCGAGAUGUUUAAAAGCGAAACAGACAAGUACUCUAAAUUUGAUGAAAAGGGACUUCCCACUCAUGACCACGAGGGCAAGGAGUUGAGUAAAGGCCUGAUCAAGAAGCUGCAAAAGCUCCAACAAGCUCAAGAGAAGAAACACAACGAAUAUCUGACUACACUAAACAAAUGCUCA